AUGCGGCCAAGCAAGAACCAAUUGAGAAGGGCAAGGAAAAAGGCCUUGAAAUCGCAGGCUACCGAAGCAACACUCGAUGAAUCACACACAAAAUCUCAGACAGAGGUUACUCUAUCGACUGAUGUCUCACGAGGUAGUAGCCAGCAAGGUCAUGAUGCUGCAUCUCUAGAUCUAGAGGAUCCGCUAUGGCAAGCAUAUAAGCAUAUUAUUAAUCGAUUCGAUGAGGUCGGGGAUACCUCAACACCGGCAAAAGAGUCUGAAAAACCCGAAAUCUAUUUUGAUGAUGAUGAUGAAAUCCCGGAUGAAGAAGAAAAGGAGCCCAAGCUCUCAAAAAGAAAGCGCAAGGAAUUGAACAAGCUUUCUGUCGCUGAACUGAAGGCAAUGGUUCGAAGACCAGAAAUUGUCGAGUGGACGGACACUUCGGCCCCCGAUCCUCGGCUUCUUGUACAUAUAAAAUCCCACCGCAAUGUUGUCCCUGUUCCUUCACAUUGGUCCUUAAAACGAGAGUACCUCUCUUCCAAGAGAGGGAUUGAGAAGCCGCCUUUCGCGCUGCCAAAAUUUAUUCAGGAGACCGGGAUUUCGGAAAUGCGCGAUGCUGCCCUAGAGAAGCAAGAACAAGCGACACUCAAACAGAAGCAAAGAGAGAGGGUCCAACCAAAAAUGGGAAGACUUGAUAUCGAUUAUCAGAAACUAUACGAAGCUUUUUUCCGAUUCCAAACUAAGCCGGAACUUACCCGCUAUGGCGAGGUUUACUAUGAGGGUAAGGAAUACGAGACGAACCUUAGACAUUUACGGCCGGGCGAGCUUAGCGCUGAGCUCAAGGAAGCCCUCAAUAUGCCACCCGGUGCGCCCCCUCCUUGGUUAAUCAACCAGCAGAGAUAUGGCCCACCCCCAUCAUAUCCAGCCUUGAAGAUUCCCGGUCUCAACGCGCCGCCCCCUCCUGGUGCCAUGUGGGGAUAUCAUCCUGGUGGCUACGGGAAGCCACCAGUAGAUGAGCACAAUCGUCCUCUCUAUGGUGGUGAUAUUUUUGGUGUAUUGCAACCGCAACAGACAAUGCAGCAAGGCGAGCCUGUCGAGAAGGAUCUCUGGGGUGAGCUACAAGAACCCGAGCCUUCUGACGAGGAGAGUGAAGAUGAAGAUGAUGAGGAAGAUGAAGAGGACAUGGAAACGGGCGUCCAGACUCCUAGCGGACUUGAGACGCCAAGUGGGUUAGCAUCAGCUGUUCCCUCUGAGUUAGCUGGCGAAGAGAAUGUUUCGGGGGAAUUUGACGUGCGCAAGCACUAUCGAGGCACACAGACUGAAGAGUCUGUAAGUCACAAGAGCGCUUUUCAAGUUAUCCCAGAGCGACAAGCCAAUGUGCGGGGCUUCUUCGGUGGCGAAAGGGUGUAUGAUCUUGCUGCGCAUCCAGAAAACUUGGCGGUGCUUGGUGCUGAUGAACAAAAUCGGAAGCGCAAGAAACCCGGCGACGUUGAUGUCUCUAUGGACCCAGAUUCUCUACAGUCAAAUGAGGGAUUUAGCAAAGAAAGCAUUCGAAAGCUUUACGAAUCCCAAAGGCAGCAGGAAAACAAUCCUAGUUGGGGAUUCCAGGAGGAUUUAAGUGAUAUGAUUGCUCAGGAAAGCCGCAAAAGGCUCAAAAAGGAAGAAGAAAAACGGAACCGCCAUUGA